UUCACAAUCUCCUUACCACGACCUGGAAAACCUUGGAACGAGUCUCUUCGCUCUUCUAGACCUUCUCCCAAGAUAAAUACUCGUCUUCUUGCAAAGAGACUACUGCGAGGAGGGGUGUGUUGCCGGGAGAUUUCUUGUAUACGGACUACGCUAUUUCAUUUGAGCAGAAGCUUUUCCAGGUGUAUUGCCAAGACGGAAGAUCAAACUCACAAAUGCCUGAAGACGUCUUUCUCUCAUCUCCGCGCAAGGCUCCGGCACACCGGCGAUCCGCCACCUCCUUGCGGGGCCCGUCAAGCCUGGCGAACACGCUCGACGGCGGAGAAGAUGCCGGCAACGGGCGUUUCUCGCUCGCUCACGAACUCGCCGUUGCUAUGAUGCCCGAACCGAGCUCCGGGUCCAAGCUUCUCGCGGAAGAAUUUGGGAUAGAGUUCGACGAGGGCGCGGAGGGGAUUGAUGAGCCUGACCGGCCACAGACGCGGGUCGAGGACCCCACGUUUGCGGAACCAGAUCCACAGUUGCUGGACUCGGCGGCUUUUGACCAUGGCUCAACGGAGCCACCCGACUUUGGUAGUGACCCGACAUUCGCCUCUCCGUCGUCUGUGGCGCCCAAAGAGGAGGCUCCAGUAUCGCAGGAUGCGAUGGAGACUCUGGCCCAAGAUCUGAAGUCUACCGACAACUUCCUAGCUCACCUACGACACAUCGAUGGUGACGCGCCUACAUCUGCUCCAGCCGCAUCCUCCUCCUCGUCACAACCCGCCCUUGAACAGCUCGCCUCGGACGUCAUUCGAAGAUACAAUGACACGGCCCGGGACCGCGAAAGUCAAGUCCGGGAACUGCUUGAAUACGAACGCGAAUUUCGUCGCAUUGCUGGCGAAGUGGGCGGUCAGGACGUGCUUGGCCAUCUAGACGCUUUGCCCGAACACGAGAGCGAGGUUGAAGCUGCUCCGCCUUCAUCUAAGCACAGCGCUGUUCAUGAGGAUGAGCCCGCACCACCACCAGUACGGCCGAGCCACGCUCGUGCUCUGUCCACAGACUGGGAGGUCGACCCAGACGCUGAUGGACUGGACCCGGCGUUCAAUCAGCAAGACGACGAAGACGCGGAAAUAUCACCUCCCGCAGCCCACCUGGGCUUCUCCCUUUCGCCUCCAAUUACAGCAGCAACUCCUCGAGUAGCAGGCCGCAAGCCCGGUCCCGCUGCUGCAGCCCAGCUUUCUGAGCUGCGAUCUCUGACAGCCUCGCUCGUUUCCUCGCUGACCAGCGUGUCGGAACAGGCCCAGGUCAAUGGGGCCGCCACAGCCGAAGCCGGUCGGAAGCUUCGGGCGCUGAGAAAUCGGCUCGGAGGUUGGAGGACUGAGUGGGAAGGCGCUGAACGAAGCCGGGGGCGCAUCGAGCGGUGGGAGGCUGGUGAGGCUUUGGAGCUUGGCGGAGAUGCCCCCGCUGCUCUCGGAUCAAAACGUGUGGACGGGCGCAAGAUAGUCGAAGAACACUUGCAUGCGUUCGAGCUCGCACUUGCUGAUGCUGCAUCCAAGACCCAGGCCAUGAUGGCUGCUUCAUAGUUGCUAGUCUCUAUUUUUUUUUUGCUUUCCUAGAGGAUGGAGGUGGAUUAGUACGUACUACUUAAAGAUCUCGUUUCACUAUUCGAUAUCUCAGCAGUCCUGUUGCUUUACAUAUAUAUCAUCGCAUGUAUUUUCAUUCAAAUGGCUAGACCUCGGACUGGAGAUGUUU